ACACAAACAUCAGUCUUUUCCUCCUUUCCACUUUCCAGAAGACGAAGCACAAUUUAAAAAAGGUCAUUGAUCUCCUUUUGGAUGCUCCCGACGAUAAAAACUCAAGGAAAAAAUAAAUAGUACAUCGGUCGUCGAAUCUUUUCAGAAAAUCAUUAGUGUGCGCCAUCCAUUGUUUAGUUUUCGAGGGAGAGGCCGCUUGAGACACCAAAAUCUGGGGAAAGGACCAUAUUUCGCGCUACUUCCUUUCAUCCCCGCAAAUAUUGUGGAACAUCACAACGAAAACCAGUACCUAUCUAUCCUUCACAACACAAACACCAAUAUAUAAAAGUUGUUUCCGCAGCUUCAUAUAUAUCUGCCACUAUCAUUCUCAUUGCCAUUGCCUUCAGUCCAUCCUCUGACACUCGUCAAAAUUAGGGUCCAUUCCUAGUGAUUGGCAAGACCGUCCUUAUCUUAUCGACGCUCCACUUUCUUUCAUUGUCCAACAAAUCCGUCCAUCUUAUCAUAGAAGCUAGAUCACUUAUCGUCAAAGUGAGCACUGGUGCACUUGCGAAUUCGACUUGCUGUUUCGCCCGCAUUUGUGCGAAAAUGGCAUCUUGCGAUAAUCCAAGCAUCUCCAGGUACCUCAAUGACUCGGUAGAUGCUCUCCCGAGUCUUCUCACAGGUACUCAUCGUACAAGCUGUCUUAGCAUGCCAUCUCUCCUUCGACAAUACACAAAUGGAACGUACAAUGCCUCGACACGACCAAUUACAAGUCAAGAGCCAGCAUCAACGAUAUGUCCUUGCAGUGAAUAUGACGAGAGUGUGUUUAGCAGACAGUCAAAUAAAACAACCACAACAAUGACCAGCCAUCAAUCUGUUCAGAUCAACCCUAUAGCAGGAUGGCAGCUCCUAGUACCCGAAGCCUCUCAAAUCAAUACUACCGUCGUCCUUCCAUGCGAGUUUAUACCGAUAAAUUGUGGGGUAUUCUUCCGUCCGGACGAUUUUGAGAAUUGGCUUGCGCACAGCUUGACUCAUUUCAAUAAUCUUCCCCCUCCAUCAAAAUGCUUCUGCAUCUUCUGUGACGAGGAAUUUGAAGAAGAUGAUCCGCAUGAUAAUUGGAGGCGAAGGAUGAUGCACAGUCGUGACCAUCUUAUUGACGGGGAAACAAAUAUUCGCCCAGAUUUUUCGGUACUCGAGUAUAUGUCGAGGAAUGGUCUGAUGAGCGAUGCGGAUUACACUUUGGCAAAGCAAUAUACCGAACGUCCAUCAGUACAUGGUCUCGUACGAAAGGGUUUUGUGACCCCUGAAGCAAAAUACAAACGGGAAAGAGAGUCUGAGGUUCCGCACAAUCUGCAAAAAGAGGAAAGAAAUCGCAAACGUUCAGACCACACGCACAAAGGCAUCGAACACCAGAGAUCAACUUCAUCAAGGAAGUAUAUGCCAGUAUCCAUCGAACAUUCAAAACACACUUGAGCUCUGUAGCUUCUCGCCCAGCAAAAAAUCAUACUUCAAAAGUCGAGGCAAUGUUUUGAAAACUCUGCGACUUUAUAUUUGCGAUGCCGAGUGGUGGUGGCUAUGUUGAUGAUGAAUUUUGCCACUGUCUCAGUGUUUAAAUACCAUGUCGUACUUGCGUUAGAGCUGUUGAAUUUUGCUCUCAGCGAAUGAGUGAGUUUAUCUGUGGACACCCAUUUCGAUGCAGGUACAUAGGGCCAUGCGCCCCCCGGCGUUACCUGCCUAACCUUAAACCUCCCAGAAAAAGGACACCGAGUGGCACGGACCCGGGCCAAUGAUAUUUUGUUUAUUGCGCAACGUUGGGAUUCUGUCAGACGUUUUGUUUUGCAUCUCUUCGGAUUCACUAUGCUGGUUCAUGGUCGAAAAGAAAAGUCUCUUGAACGAUUUCCAUACCAAAAAUGUAUUUCCUUUUCUCUUCCCUUCUAGGAAACGAUAUGUUUAUCUGCUUUAAAUUUUUAGUUACGAUGGUGAACUAUACUUCCCAUGAGUUAUGGCAGUGCCGUCAUGAAUAAAUAGCACUUCACUUGCAUUUCUUGUAGCAUCUCAUUCGUGCAUAUGUGCGUGGUUUUUUUAGGCAUUCUUUGGUGUCUAUGAGUGGUAAGGCGUAUUUCUUCGGGAAAUGACUCGAUGGGAGAUAUGUUGGUCCCUUCCCAUUUAAUAGUGCAUAUCGGUGUCCAACCAGGUCAAGCAAGCCAAUCACCCACCAGUACACAUAUACGUU